AUGACUAACAACAGUUCUCUUGAUGCUGGUAAAUCUUCAGGGCGACUGAUCAAUGACCGAGUGAUUUUUAUUCAAGUGUUGGUUGCCGUUCUUCUUUGCAUUAACUUGACGCUAAUUCUAACAUUUUUUAUGAAGGAAAUCUUCUACACAAACAUGCGCUACAUUUUGUUUGCCAAUACAUUAUUUUCUGAUUGCAUAAAUAUAAUGACAAAUGUGAUGCUGCUCUUUGUCUAUUUUUCUGUCCCUUUACAAACAUGGUUAUGCCUUUUCUUUUGCCACCUGUCGUCUUUGUGUAAUUAUGUCACUCCUCUGACUCUGACAGCGAUGAGCCUGGAGCGCUAUGUGGCUGUCUGCAUGCCACUGCGUCAUGCAGAGCUGUGCACUGCAGGCAGAGCCCUGCAGGUCGUCUUCAUCAUUCACAGCCUCAGCAUCAUACCCUACAUUGUGGUUUUUUUAAUGCUGCUUUCUUCAGUCACCUUUAGCUUCUUCACACAACACAUCAUCUGCUCUGUGGAUGCUUUAAUUUUGCACAGGUGGCAGGGUCAUGUAAGGUCUGCGAUCAGUCAGUUUUACUUCCUGAUCAUGUGUAUCCUCAUCGCUUUCUCCUAUGUUCAAAUAAUAAAAGUGGCCAAAGCUGCAUCUGGAAACAACAAAGAGUCGACACGAAAAGGACUCAGAACUGUGAUCCUUCAUGCUUUCCAGCUGUUUCUCUGUCUCAUCCAGCUGUGGACCCCCUUCAUUGAAGCUGCUGUUCUUCAGAUUGAUUUCAGUUUAUUUAUAAACGUCAGAUACAUUAACUAUAUUCUGUUUAAUCUUUCUCCUCGGUGUCUGAGUCCUCUUAUCUACGGCCUCAGGGACGAGGCGUUUUUAGUUGCUCUGAAGCAAUACGUGUUCUGCUGUCCGUUUAUAGACACAGUAAAACGUUAA